CUGAAAGAAACGUCACAGAACGAAGGACAGAAGGCAGAGAGUGAGCAGCGAGAGAAGAGAGAGAAGGGAGGACAAGUCGAUGAUCAGCGGCUGAAGACGUUGAUAGAUGCCGGGAAAUGCCAAUUUGCAAGUGAUUAGAAUUUGAAGCUUUCUGGGUGGUAUAUCUUUCAAUUGGCUUUAGGUUGAUGAAUCUACAGCUAUCAACAGAUACGACAGAAAGUAAAAUGGGCAAGGGAUUUUUGGGAGCUGGAUUCUGGGUAUAAGUCGAGAUAGUUGUAUUUUGUUAGGUUUAGUUUGUUAGUCACUGUGGAAGUAUAUCUUCUAUUUGGUGGACUUUAGAACUCUUGAUCCUGCCCCAUAUCAUGCAAAAAUUCAUGCUUCAUCGAAUCGAGAUAAUAAGAAACCUUAGAAUCCAUUUGUAAGCCAUGGCAAGUACUUCAGCUCUGACUAUAGGCCGAAAAGAUUACGAGGAUUACAUCAGUCUUUUGCCUGAUUGCCUAAUCCAUCACAUCUUCUCCUUUUUGCCCACAAGGGACGUCAUCAAAACUUGUGUUUUGUCAAAAAGGUGGCAGUUUGUUUGGACCACUAUCUCGGAUCUCGGGUUCUCUGUCUCUUCUUACCAUGAUUCGUUUGUGGACAGAGUUUUGACGCACUAUGUGGGGCCUAAGGUGAAAAAGUUCCACCUUGACGUCAUAUUAAACUUCGAUUUCUUCAACCCCUCUAAGAUUGAUCCUUGGGUUCACUUUGCGAUUAAUCAUCAAGUGGAAGACCUUCUUCUCGAUGUGUAUUCAUAUCAGUAUACACCGUGGGGCCAUUACCUAGAAAAGGCAGAGGAUUACACAUUGCAUCCAUUGCUUUAUAAUUGCUCUUCGUUGACUAAGCUAUGUUUGACAGGCUGUCAUUUCCCAUUCAGUGAAAGUAUUAGUUGGAGUUCGCUUAAGUCCUUGUCUAUUGAUAAUGUGACCAGUGAUGUGCUUCAGAAGAUUUUGAUGGGCAGCCCUGUUCUUGAAUACUUGAAUUUGACAGAUUGCUGGUCUGUAGAAGGAAUUCGAAUUCAUUCGAGAAGUUUGAGAGAGUUGGUAAUUAUUAAUGCUGAUGUCAUUGGACCCCCUUUGCACAUUUCAACUCCCCAUUUGUUGUCAUUGCGUGUGAGAGGGGCUCAUUUUUAUGAGGCAAUAAGAAUUAUUGAAGCACCGUCCUUAGUUGAAGCCGAAUUAGAUUUUGGCGGUCCAGCUAAAUCAGAUAGCUGCCUGCUAAAGGAAAUGCUUUGCAAGCUGCAGAAUGCUACUCGUAUUCUUUCUGGUGCUUGGUGCCUUUGGGUUAUGUCGCCUCUGAAGGUAGAAGACAUGCAGAUUUCGCUGCUGAAUUGCAAGUCUCUGACACUAAGUAUGCCGAUUCCCAAAUUCAGCUUUCCUGCUAUAGCAAAUAUGCUAGCAACUGCACCAAAUUUGGAGAAGCUGGUGAUAAUUUUUAAGCUACCUGAUUGUGUCUCGUAUAUAUCUGACUUGGACUCCCGCAAUGUGGAUCACGAGAGCUAUUGGCAUAUAAAGAAGCAGUUCAAGCGUUGGGCUCGGCAUCUCAAGAAUGUUGAGAUUUUUGGAUUUUAUACUUGUUUAAGAUCCAAAUAUGAGGAAUUGCUGCUGCUGGUAAAGUUUCUGCUCGGACAUGCAUCUGUGCUGGGCAAUAUGGUCAUCAAAGUUAAGAGUCAUGAACAAGAUCUCGAGUCAGUCGAUUCCUUGAAAUUGCUUGAAGUGGCCCGACGGCUUCAAAGUUAUCACAAAGCUUCUAGGGAUGCUGCAGUGAUACUCAAUUAUCUGGAAGAAGUGCCCCAAAAGCGGCGGAAGAAAGGAGUUAGAGUAACAACAAAAUGUUUGCACAUCGGCCAUAAGAAUGCUUGACUGGAUCGGAAUGCAAUAAGCCACAACAUGACUAGCUUGAUAUAUUGCUAGUAAUGUCUCAUGUAAGUUUUUCAACAUUUUAGAGCAAGUUUUGGGAUUGUAUUUGGUUUCGAAAUUGUUUAACAAGUUUGAGCAAUUCUUUUCAUUUAGGCAAUCUGGAUAACCGUAAUUAGGGGAAAACCUAAAAACUUAGCUUCUUUAAUAGCAUAAAUGAGUAGGGAAACUAUAGCACAGGGAUCAGAUUAUUAUGGCGUAUUUUAGCACUAUGUAUUGCAGUUUAUGGGUUAAAGGGA